UCCAAAAACAAAAAAGUUUUGUCCUACCGAUUACCAUUAAAUACGCAGCGACAGGCAUGGUCAAGAACUGUUGAAGAAGACCACAUCUCUGCUUCUCGCGUAACCAAAAUACCCCACGUUCGAUCUAUCAAUGGCUUCCUCUCGCGAAUCAUGCCCUUCUGUCAAAAACAUCCUCCUUUUGGACUCUGAAGGAAAGCGUGUAGCAGUCAAGUAUUACACGGAUGACUGGCCAACAAACAGUGCCAAGUUAGCAUAUGAAAAAUCUUUGUUCACAAAGACUUUGAAGUCAAAUGCCCAAAUAGAAGCGGAAAUUGCAAUGUUCGAGAGCAACAUCGUCAUCUAUAAGUUCAUUCAGGACUUGCAUUUUUUUGUGACUGGAGAUGAAAAUGAGAACGAGCUCAUCUUAGCUUCUGUUCUUCAGGGGUUCUUUGAUGCUGUUGGCAUUCUGUUGCGGAACAAUGUGGACAAAGCGGAAGCGCUUGAAAAUCUGGACCUUAUCCUUCUAUGCCUUGAUGAAAUUGUUGAUGGAGGGAUAAUACUUGAAACAGAUGCUACUGUUAUAGCAGAGAAGGUAGCAUUUCACAGUAUGGAGUCUGCCGAACUUUUGUCUGAGCAGACAAUAUCUCAAGCACUGGUUACAGCACGGGAGCAUUUGACAAGAACCCUUUUUCAGUGAAUUUCUACCAGCACACUUGGAGAUAAUGGCUCGGCAUCAUUCUCUUGAGUAAAGUUUUUGCUCUGUUUAGAUUAUAAUUAUUCUUUUAAAAUUACUCAGCAUUAUUUAUUUUUUUCAGCUAAAUUUUCAAACAGUUGAUAAUAUAGCCCAUGAAUCUCAUGUAUUUAGUCGUUAUUUUAUCUAAUAAUGAAGGAUCAUUGCGUGCAGACAUGUUAUAUCAAUAUCAAUAUCACUGCUUUUGUUUUGUC